AGCCGAGACCCGGAGCCGCCGCCGCCGCCCCCCGAGCCCAGCAUGGUGAUGGCCGAGCCCCGGCGGCCCCCGGCGCUGCUGCCCCGCGGGCUCGGGCCCGUCCGCGUCGGCUUCUACGACAUCGAGGGCACGCUGGGCAAGGGCAACUUCGCCGUGGUGAAGCUGGCGCGGCACCGCAUCACCCGCAGCGAGGUGGCAAUAAAAAUCAUUGACAAAUCUCAGCUGGAUGCUGUGAAUCUGGAGAAGAUCUACAGGGAGGUGCAGAUAAUGAAGAUGCUCGACCACCCACACAUCAUAAAGCUCUACCAGGUGAUGGAGACCAAAAGCAUGCUGUACCUUGUGACAGAAUUUGCCAAAAAUGGGGAGAUUUUCGAUUACCUGGCCAGCCACGGCCGCCUGAGCGAGCCCGAGGCGCGGCGCAAGUUCUGGCAGAUCCUGUCGGCGGUGGAAUAUUGCCACGGCAGGAAAAUCGUGCACAGGGACCUCAAGGCUGAGAACCUCCUGCUUGACAACAACAUGAACAUCAAAAUAGCAGAUUUUGGCUUUGGGAAUUUCUAUAAGAGCGGGGAGCCUCUGACAACGUGGUGUGGGAGCCCCCCCUACGCAGCCCCAGAAGUCUUUGAAGGCCAGCAGUAUGAGGGACCCCAGCUGGACAUUUGGAGCAUGGGGGUGGUGCUCUAUGUCCUGGUGUGUGGAGCUCUGCCCUUUGAUGGACCCACCCUGCCCAUCCUGAGGCAGCGAGUCCUGGAGGGGAGGUUCAGGAUCCCUUAUUUCAUGUCAGAAGAGUGUGAGCACCUGAUCAGAAGAAUGUUGGUCCUGGACCCAUCCAAACGUUUGACCAUUGCUCAGAUCAAGGAGCACAAGUGGAUGCUGGUGGAGGUUCCUGCCCAGAGGCCAAUCCUCUACCCACCAGGAGAGGAGAACGAGCCCUCCCUCGGCGAGUACAACGAGCAGGUCCUGAGGCUGAUGCACAGCCUGGGCAUAGACCAGCAGAAAACUGUGGAGUCCCUGCAGAACAAGAGCUACAACCACUUUGCUGCCAUCUAUUACCUGCUGGUGGAGAGGCUCAAGUCGCACCGGAGCAGCUUUCCCGUGGAGCAGCGCGUGGACGCGCGGCAGCGCCGGCCCAGCACCAUCGCCGAGCAGACCGUGGCCAAGGCACAAGCUGUGGUCCCCUCGGUGAACCUGCAUUCCCAAAAUCCAAGGCUGCUGCAGUCUCCAGGUCUCCCCUCAGCCUCAGGAGCAGAAGCCUUUUCCUUCCCUCCUUCCAGCUGCCAGGGAGAGGCAGCGUUUAUGGAGGAGGAAAGGGUUGAGACACCAAAGGUGAACGGCUGCCUGCUGGACCCCGUGCCCCCCGUGGUGAUGAGGAAAGGAUGCCAAUCCCUGCCCUCCAGCAUGAUGGAAACCUCAAUUGAUGAAGGAAUAGAGACAGAAGGAGAGGCAGAGGAGGACCCAGCCCAGGCCUUCGCUGCCCUGCAGGCAGCUCGAGGGGGAAAGCGGCGUCACACCCUGGCAGAGGUCACCAACCAGCUGGUGAUGGUGCCAGGCACAGGCAAAGUCUAUUCCUUGGAUGAGAACUCCUCCCUGGGCAGCAUCGACUCCGAGUACGACAUGGGAUCCAUCCAGAGGGAUCUCAAAUUCCUGGGAGAGACCCCUUCCUUGAAGGAAAUGGUGCUGAACAGCCACCAGGCCCCCCGGGUGACCCCCCCUUUCAUCGGGCUCAGGCCUGCCAACCCGGCCAUGCAGGCCCUGAGCUCCCAAAAACGAGAGGCCCACAACCGCUCCCCCGUCAGCUUCCGCGAGGGACGCAGAGCCUCCGACACCUCCCUGACCCAAGGAAUUGUAGCAUUUAGGCAGCACCUCCAGAACCUGGCACGAACCAAAGGAAUCCUGGAGCUGAACAAAGUCCAGCUGCUGUACGAACAGAUGGGAUCAGAGGAAGAACCUUCCCUGACAUCAGCUGCCACCCAGCUGCAGGACCUCAUUAACAGCCCUGCACAGGAGGAAGGCUCUCAGCAGCAGCAGGAAGCUCCAUCUGCUUUCCCCAAUGGUGCCCACCCCCCGUUGUUAUCCCGAAGGCCGAGCCUGGAGACGCAGUACCUGAAACACAGGCUGCAGAAGCCCACUCUGCUCUCAAAAGCUCAGAACACGUGCCAGCUCUACUGCAAAGAACUGCCCCGGAGUCUGGAACAGCAGCUCCAGGAGCACAGGCUGCACCAGAAGAGGCUGUUCCUGCAGAAGCAGUCCCAGCUGCAGGCCUACUUUAACCAGAUGCAGAUAGCCGAGAGCUCGUACCCCCGGGCCAGCCCGCUGCCCCUGCCCUGCCCGGAGGAGCCGCAGCCCCAGCAGCAGCCCCAGCCCCAGCAGCAGCAGCAGCAGCAGCAGCAGCCAGCCCAGUUCAGCCUGCAGCAGCCCCUGAGCCCCGUGCUGGAGCCCUCCUCGGGGCAGAUGCACUUCGAGCCCUUCCUCAGGCAGUACCCGAAGGUGCAGCUGGAGCCGCUGCCCCCCAGCCCCUCACGGCUCUCACCCCCGGGGCAGCCCCAGCCAGCACAGCCCCUCCAGUUCCCCUAUCAGACUUGUGACGUGCCUGCUGUCCCCUCAGCUGAGCAGUGCCACCUCCCCCAGAGCAGCGGGGCAGUGCCCGAGAGCCAGAGCAGCUCGGCCUCCGCGGAGGCUCAGCCCAGCUACGACCCCCUGGCCCUCUCAGAACUGCCCGGACUCUUCGACUGUGAGAUGAUGGAGGCUGUGGAUCCCCAGCACGGUGGCUACGUCCUGGUCAAUUAGCAGCCAGGGCCGAGUGCGAGGACAAAUGGAGAAGCAUGUGAAUUUCUGGUUGUUCUUUUCGUUCCUACCCCCGGAAUUCAUGGUAGUUCUUCGACCCUUGAAUUGGCAGGGGAACUAAAAAUCCACCUGGCUGGAAGGGGAAAAAAAAAUAAAAAAAAUAAGCAGGAGGUGUUUGGUCCCAGUGGCAGGGGCUGGAGAACAGGGAGUGCAGCUCCAUCCCACAAAGUCUGCAUGGAAGGAGGCAAAAAAGGUGAAUUUCAGAGGAAGGAAAUAGCCCCUUCUAAAAAAAUCUGGGGAGUUUGUCAGCAUUCAUCCAACAUUCACUUGGAGAGAGGAGAGUGAGUGCACACUUACCAUACUUCUUGGCAAUAAAAGCAAUAGUUUUCAUUGAAAUUCAGGGUAGAUUUGGGUCUGCGCUGAUGGCAACUGAAAUCCUCUGGAGAACAGGAGCACAAGGUGGAAUUCAAGGGAAGUUGCACUUCCACUGAGCUCCUGGUCGGGAACUACUCCAUGGCCAGCCCUGAGCAUCUCAGGCAGCCUCCACUUCCUCCUGCUGGCACCCAAACAGGAUUUCCCAAGCCUGCCAAGGAGCUCUUCACUGUCUGCUGAAGGAAUCUGGAGCAAGGGACAGCUGGACUUUGUCAAAAGAAACCUGGGACUGUUUGGAGAGACCUCUGGGUGGGGAUCGGAAUUCUGGAGGAUCAAGGAUGAGCCAACAGACACAGAAGGUAAGGAGAACCAUGGGAGAGCAAGAGGUGCAGGAAAUGAUACUAAAAAUAAUAAAAUCCACCUGGGUGGCUUUUAAAAUCGCCCCCUUUUGCAGGAGGGCUCUGUCCUGGAGAAGUUCUGCUCGCUGGAAAGGAUCCCUGGGUUGCAUUUUAAAAAGAAACAAACAAGCAAACAAAACUGUGUUUUGAAUUUGCAGUAUGUGUUGCUGGUGGUUUAUUGAGCUUUGUAUAUUUGGACAAUUAUUUAGGGUUUUAGAACUUUAAGGAUAAAAAAAAAAAACAAUGAGCUUAUAAAAAGAAAAAAAACACCCCUGUGAAGUGAUAGUGCUGUGCCUUUUUCAGUUCUUUAUCAGCCUCUAUGCUUUUUUCUGAAGAAAGUAGACAAUACCCUAUUUAUGUCCUUGCUGUGGCCAAAGUCCCUUCAGAGCACACGUCCCACCGUGUGGGACAUGUUUAACUUUCUCAGUGUUUGAGUGGCUCGUGUAUAUAGGACACUGAAAGUAUUACAGCAAUAUUUUAGCAUCAAACUGUUGAUGUGUCAACCAUUUCAAGGGAUGCUCCAGCUCCAUCAGGAGUUGUGUCUCCAGAACUUUCCAGUCAUGAAAUCCAAGUCACAGGAGGGGGAUGGCUCAGGGAGCUGUAGGAAGCUGAGAUCUCCAGUCUGGGAUUUGUCUCUAACCUUGAAGGAUGGUGGGCCAGGCCAGGCCAGUGGCCAGUGGCCAGGCCAGCCCUUUCUGAGCAAACAUUAAGCACAAUUGCAGCUUCAUUAAAGCACAAAGAGCGAGAGGAACUGUGCUGAUCACGCCAGAGUUUGCUGGAAGGUUUGGUCUUUGAUACUGCAAAUCCCGAGGGUGCAGGGAGGUGGAUAAUCAGCAUUUACAGCAAUAAGACCACAUUAAAACAUGGAAUAGGAGGAGUUUGGCCACUCUGUGUGUAGGGGGAAGGGUUUAACAGGGGACAGAAGGCACCUGGUCCCUGUGUGCUCAGGUAGAGACAGCUCCUGUUCUCUGGAGCCUGCUCUGACACUGGCCCAGGUCUGGUUCAGUCCAAAUUGCUCAGCUUCUACUUCUGCUAUCACAGGGAUUCUCAAGGCAGCAGCAGCAAAGGAGAGUUUAAGGAACAGGGAUCACAGGAUAAAGAUGGCCAGAAAGCUCUGCUUUCAACAGCUGAAAGAAAAGGUUUUUGUUGUGUGGUUUCCCUUCAGAAGGAAAUCCGUGGCACAGUGGAACACACCACCCCAGUGACACCUGCAGGGACUGACAGAGGGAGGGGAGACAGCCUGACAAAAACUGCAGCAGAACAGAGCAGGAACAAAGAGGAGACAGAGUCCUGUCCUUUCACUCCUCCUUCCCUGCCCCGCAGCAUAACCCACGUGUUCUGGACUGUGAGUAUCUGUGCAGUGAGAGCUGCUACAGGACACCCAGCACUCUGGAGACAGCCCCAGUCCUGCUCCAGGAGCUGGGUGACUGCCAGAACCAUAACCACUUCCUUCCCCAUCCAGCUCCAGGAUCCUGCACGUUUCAGGAUUCGAAAGAUAAAAAUAAUUCCGUUCUGGAGUUCUGCAAUUCAUUUAUCAGGAUGUGCCAACCAGUCUGAGCUCCUUAGAGCUUUGCAGUGCUGGGCAGGGGGAAGCUGCAGUAUUUUUUAAUGUAGUUUAGCCUGACUCUUUCCCCUCAGCCAAAAGCAUAUUUAACAUUUCAUGUAAUUUCCUUUAAGCCAAUUAGGACUAAAAGACUUCUGAAGCCUUCUCAUACAGAGAGGAUCCAUUGGGCACCACUUCCUACUCCUUUGAAGUGGCUUUUUUGUUCCAAUCUGUUCUGUUCUAACAUUAGAGAACUGUGUACACUACUGUUAGAGUAAUUAUUAGCUUUAUUAUCUUGUACUACAGCCUCCUUUGAAGAGACUUUGGUGUGAUGUAUAUGGGGUACAAAUUUCAUACGGAGAAAAGUGCAAUAUGUGUGUGUGUGGUAUGUUCUUUAAUGUAUUUUUUUAAGGAUUUAGAGGGUUUAGUCUCUGCUUUGGGAUAAAUGCACUAGUUUUGUGAGCUCCAGUUUGGCAAGUUCAUCUGUAGUAUUUACAUGCAACUGAUCUGCUGGACUCUGUAAAGCAGUUACAGUGUAUUAAUACAAAAUAAAGAAUACGUGCAUUUCA